AAAAAAAAAAAAAUCCACAGGCGAGUUUUUUUUUUUCUUCUUUCGAGGAGCUUUCAAGGGAUGUAGGGGAGGACGUCUGCGUUUCCAAGAAACUUCACUUCCCAAAGUGAAGACUCCUCCGACAUGGACGGCUUUUAUGACCAGCAGGUCCCCUUUGUAGUCCCCGAGAGUAAAUGUCACGUGGAGGGAGCGGAGCGAUGUCUCAGCGACCGCAAAAGGAAGUUCAUGGACACGGAGCUGGCUCAGGACACAGAAGAGCUCUUCCAAGACCUGCUCCAGCUCCAGGAAAUAUGGAUCGCAGAAGCUCAGGUCCCCGAUGACGAGCAGUUUGUCCCGGAUUUCCAGUCCAAUAAAUUGAUGUUUCACGGACCGCCCGUCAGCAAAGUGAAGAGGGAGUGCAGUCCGUCUAAAGACCCGUCCCCCUGCAGAACGCCCCACGCUGACAUGUGCCUUUACAACUACAGUUCCUGUGACAACAAGUCAGCUGGGCUCAAAGCUCCGGCACACUGUGGCUCCUCCCAUCCUGCAGGACCUCCACCCGUACAGAGGCAGUUACACCCUUCUGCCCCCCAGCUGACCAACAACUGCCCCCCGAGCCACGCUCUCGCCCAAAGCCCCUCCCACCACCACAACCUCCCGCCGGCCAACCGAAGCCAGCAGUUUGCUUUGCCGCGCCCCCCCGCCGGCUGCCCCGGUUCAUCCUUCACCACGGAACAAAGGUUUCAGAGGCAGCGGUCGGAGCCCUGCUUGCCUUUCCUCCCCGCGGAGAAACCGACGAACGGGUACCCGUCAUCGAGCCGCGACGGGCGACCGCAGUACCAGCGCCACCUCUCGGAGCCCCUGGUCCCCCAAGGCCCCCGGGGUUUCAAACAGGAGCUGGUGGAUCCGCGAUACCCAGAGGCGGGGCCCUCGGGUCCAGGUCUGGCCCGGGCCCCGAACGCUUUCAACCACGUCACAAUCAAACAGGAGCCGAGAGACUUUGGCUUCGACUCAGAGGUUCAAACCUGCCAGUCGUCAUUUGGGAAGUCGUCCGUCUUGUACCAGAAUAACGGCGUCGGUCUCGGCCAUGACAGAGAGCCCCAUUUGUACUACGACGACACUUGUGUUGUGCCAGAGCGACUGGAAGGGAAGGUGAAGCAGGAGGGUUUGCCGUAUCAGCGCCGCGGCUCCAUGCAGCUCUGGCAGUUCCUGCUCACGCUGCUGGACAACCCGGCCAACGCACACCUGAUCGUGUGGACGGGACGCAACAUGGAGUUCAAACUCGUCGACCCAGAGGAGGUGGCUCGGCUCUGGGGGCUCCAGAAGAAUCGUCCGGCGAUGAACUACGACAAGCUGAGCCGCUCCCUGAGGUACUACUACGAGAAGGGCAUCAUGCAGAAGGUGGCUGGGGAACGGUACGUCUACAAGUUCGUGUGCAACCCCGAGGCGCUUUUCUCCCUGGCGUUCCCAGACAACCAGAGGCCGAGUCUGAAGGCCGACCCGGACGCCGCCAUGCCUCCCGGCGAGGAGGACGGCCUCCCCCCGCCCAGCUACGAGGAGGAGGGUCCGUACCUGGCCGAGGGAGGGGAGCAGUGCGUCCAGGGACUGGCGUUCCCUGACAGCUACCCGUACUAGGCUCCAGGAGGCGUGCGAUAUUCUACAGGAGGAACCUGAAUUACUGAGCAGUGUUGGAGAUCUUUCACUUGUACACCCGCGUAACGCAUGUCACAGGCAGGAAGAGUACGAAGGUAGAUGUGUCUUUAUUACGCAAACAAAAAAAUAUGUUUUUUAGAGCGAAUUUCUCGUUUGUGAGUAAAUGUAAUUGUUAGUUUUGCUUAUGAAACGGAGCGAAGGUUUUUUUUCAAUUAAAAGAAAGUUUCUCUCAAAACAUCUUUUUUUUGUUUACGUAAUAAAGACGCAUAUCUACCGUAACAGAAGAGUUUAUCAGAGAAUUAUUCCAUUGAAAGUGAACCUCUCUUUUAGCCAAAAUUAUGAGUUUGUUUGAACUCACUCCUGCAGAAAACAUGCAAUUUUGUUGUUCUGAUUGGGUUUUCCGUCGUUAUGUUGAGUUAGGGUCACUCUUUACAAAAAAAGUUGAUAUAAUUUGAGAUGCAGAAUAUUUUUUUAAACAAAAUUUCAAGAUACGGUUGAAAUCCUAUGAAAAAAUGAUUGUCAUAUAUUUUUAAAGUCCAUAUUUUGAGGACAUAAUAUGACUGGAAAAGGUCACAACAUUUAAGUUGACAUUAUAAUUCACUAGUUUAAGAAUAAAGUUAAACAAUUAUUUAUAAAUUUGUCAUAACAAUUGCAACUUAAUUCUCUUUCUCUCAAUAUAUAACAACUUUAUUUUCUCAAUAUUACAUGUUUAGGAUCACAGACGUUUCCCCGCCUGCCACGGUGACCCUACGACCUGCUCGGUUGUAGUUUUUGUAGCGCGACCAUCGCUGUAGUCCUCGCGUACGUGAACUCUGGGAUUUCAACCAAAAAGUAUCUUAAAACCACGCCCACUCCUUUACUAAUUAAAUUAGUUCCAAUUGUUCUUUUUUGGUCAACCUUAUACUGCUUGAAAGGGACACACUUGUAUUUUCCAGAUGUUAUAGUCCUCCUAUAAACAUGUAUAUUGAAAUGUCUUUUGUGUACUGGUUUCAAAGCUAAUAUUUUUGGCAUUAUAUGGACUUGUAAUUUUUUCCUAAACUGUUUUAUGACAAAGGUACUGCUACUAUUUUUCUGUAAUACUGCCACUAAGAUGCUAAUAAUAAGCAUGGACUUUCUUACAACCGGCUCACCAGUCAUUGUACGGAGAUAGUUUUCUGCAUUUUGUAUAGUUGAUUUGCUUCAAUGUGUAGAAAAGGUGUAUAAUUAUAUAUGAAUAUAUUUUUGCAAAAGG